GAACGCAGCACUGAUGGCCUGUCCCCUCGAUUCCUCGUCCCUCCCCCGACACCGACGCCCCGAGCCGCAUCGAACGCUCCUCCGGGCCACGAGCAGAUCCGACCAAACGCCCCCACAUGUCCAGCGACACGAACACCAACAAGGCGAGCGCCGAGUCGCUCGCCCCCGCGCACCCUCCGGCCCUCACCUCAAGCGAGCCCGCCCCGCAACGCACCAUGGCGCAGAGCGUCGUGCACAAGGUCGCCACACGCGAUGGCUGGCUCGGAGGGUACGACUACGCCUGGCUGUGCCUGCCCUCGCUGCCGUGGUCGAAGGAGUCGCACGCGCCGCCGUUCUACGGGCUCAACGACGAGCUGCCGCUGCUGCUCGCGAUGGCCAGUGGGCUGCAGCACGCUCUUGCGAUGCUUGCCGGGCUGAUCACGCCGCCGAUCAUCUUUGCGAACUCACUCAGUCUGGAUCCAAAGACCUCGGCAUACAUGAUCUCGGCGUCGUUGAUUGGGUGUGGUAUCUUGAGUCUGCUCCAGAUAUCGAGAAUCCCCAUCGGAAAAGGCUACUUCGUCGGCACUGGUCUCAUUAGUGUCGUCGGUACCAGUUUCUCUACCUUAUCCACGGCGAGCGCAACCGUUGCCAAGAUCUUCAACGCAAUGUACGCCGACGGAACCUGCUCCUCGACGACGAACGCAGACGGCUCGAUCACGCGCAACGCCUGCCCGGAGGCCUACGGCAAAGUGCUCGGCACGGCCCUCGUCUGCGCGUUUCUCGAGAUGUUCCUCGCCUUCGUCCCGCCCCGCACCCUGAAGCGCAUCUUCCCGCCGCUCGUCACCGGCACAGUCGUCGUGCUCAUCGGCGCGGCGCUCAUCGGCGACUCUGGCGCGCUCAACUGGGGCGGCGGGUCGAACGGGUGCCAGACCGCCACGAGCGGCGCGCUCGCGCUUUGCCCGACGAUCUUCGCGCCGCGCCCGCUGCCGUGGGGCUCGCCCGAGUUCAUCGGGAUCGGGUUCCUCUCGUUCGUGAGCAUUAUCCUGACGGAGCUGUUCGGCUCGCCGUUCUUGAAGAACAUCAGCAUCAUUGUUGGGCUCGUCCUCGGCUGCAUCGUCUCGGGCGCCGCCGGCUACAUCGACGGCAGCAGCAUCAAGACGGCGCCCGCAAUCACGUUUUUGUGGGUCCACACGUUCAAGAUCGGCGUCUAUGGUCCCGCUGUGCUGCCCAUGCUUGCUGUGUACAUCUCGCUCGCCAUGGAGGCGAUGGGCGACAUCACCGCGUCUGCCGAGGCCUCCAAGGUCGACGUCCGCGGGCUCGAGUUCGAUUCCCGCAUCCAGGGCGGGGUUCUCAGCGAUGGUCUGGGCGGCUUCAUCUCGGCUCUGUUCACCGUCACUCCACUUUCUAUUUUUGCCCAGAAUAACGGCGUGAUCUCUGUCACUCGCUGCGCCAAUCGCUCUGCCGGCCGAUGGUGUUGUGUAUUCCUUAUCCUCUUCGGCGUUCUCGGCAAGAUUUCAGGUGCCCUGCUCGCGAUUCCCAACCCGGUGCUCGGUGGAGUGACUACCUUCCUGUUCGCUUCAGUCAUGGUCUCCGGUUUCCGCGUGCUGGCCUUCGCCAAGUACACGCGCCGUGACCGGUUCAUUCUCGCGUCGGCGCUGUCCUUCGGCGUCGGCGACUUGCUCGUCCCGACGCUCUUCACGAACCUGUUCAACGGGGUGAACCACCCCAACGCCGCGCUGCAGGGCUUCUUUAACUCGAUCACGAUCAUCCUCAGCACUCCGUUCCUCGCGGCGGGCAUCGUCGCGGUGAUCCUCAACCUCAUCCUCCCCCGCGACGACUCGGAGCCGACUGCACUGCUCGAGCCCGCCGAGAAAGAUUUCGAGUCGCAGGAGUGAUUCGGCGUUGUGCUUGCUUGCCUUUUUUAGUUCAGCUUAGUUUAGUACACGAGUAUUUACGUCCGUACAAAUAUUUUACGCAGCUUGUUACUUACUUUCACGCAAUUUCACUGGGUUCAUUUAUGGUUGCAACGCUAUAUCAACAUGAUGUGUG